AUGUUCAAGCCAACACUGGUGCUGGUAAUUGCACUGAUAUCGCCUCUUCUGUAUCAGCAGCUGCUCAACUUCCUCAACAGAAAGGUAGUUCCGCUAGAGGUGCUGCGCUACUACGUCCAACACCCCCUCGACGACGUGACCAUCAAGAUUCCAGUAUACAUCGAGUCUGCGGAUCUGCGAUUGCUCGACGUCGGAGAGGCCAUACACAUCCAGACCCUCGGCAGGCUGCGAGAAACAGAGCGCACGCUGCCCGAUGUGCAGUUUGAUUUCUUCGAAUACACGAACCAGACCGAUGCGCUUCUAAUGAAAUUUUUCAUCAGCGACGGCAACGGCAUAUACGUGGACGCCGUGGAGGGCUACGCGGCGCUUUUCUACACGCUGGAGGCGGUGGACGCCAACGACGUGCCGUACUUCGGCACGCAGCUGCUCCUGGAUCACUGCUACAACGAUGAAAUCAAAAACUACGUUGCAGACAGGUUUCUGCAGCUCGUGGACUACAACUCGAAAAAGCACAGCUUCUUGCACCAGUCGCAGUACGAGACCUCGUUGCAGGAUCCUCUGCGGCUUGUGUUUGUCAUGAUGAGCGCCGAGACCAACUGGGAGGUUGAGCAGGCCGUGAAAAUGCAUCUUGAGCCCGUUCUCAGCAUCCUGUCCAACUACACCCUGGAAUAUUUGCAUGUGGACGAGGACGUCAAGUCGCCGUCACGCUACAUAGACGAGUAUUUCCCCGAAGAGUUGUCCGCGUUGCCCAACUUGGCAGACUUCUAUCUCUCGCACAACAGCUCCAACUCCACGCUGUACCUCCUGUACUAUCCGUUUGAGCUGGCAGACGACUCGAUCCGCACCAUGUCCGUCGACAACCACAGCAUUUACUCCAGCAAGGAAAACACCUUUCUCAACAUAAAAUCCUGGGGAUCCGUCUACUUUGCGCACACUGCAAGCUACCACGGCUACGUUCCUGCGCAGAAUCUGGCCGACUGUAUGUGGUCGUUUGCAGAAUCUGUGCUGGACCACUAUCACUUUCCGAACGAGAACAUGGCGCCUGCUCUGCGCAUCCAGAUGUACAAGCGGAUUGCCACGGUCAGGAACCUGACUUACUUCAGCCACAGGCUCUCGCAGGUAGUGGGCUGGCUCGAGAGCAACACUCUGGACAGUUCUCUGGGAAGCGCGAUUCUCGACGCUUUCGGUCGCCGGGAGCAGGUAAAAGAAAGGCUAGAGAGCUACGACUACGACGCGGCGCUGCAACUUAGCACAGACUUGGCGGCCGUGUUCGACAAGCAGAUACAGAACCUUGAUUUUGGAAAGCUGGAGAUAAUCGGGUGA